AUGAAAAACUCCCGCAGAGUAUUGCCCCGACGCGGGUCGUCACACUCGGCAGAGUACGAGCCCUUGAACGGCCCCGACGUGCCGACCGAGAUGCAUCCCGGCGCCAUCAUCGAGGACGAGUACGACGACGGCAGCAGCGGUGCGCAGGACGACUCGUUGCCGCCCUUUUCGUGGGUCGACUAUGGCGUGUUUGGCUUCAUCGGCAUGGCCAUGCUCUGGGCGUGGAACAUGUUCCUCGCCGCCGCGCCAUACUUUGCCUCCCGCUUCCAGGGCAGUCCCUGGAUCGAGACCAAUUUCCAGCCCACCAUCAUGACCGUCUCGACGGCGACCAGCCUCGCCACCGUCCUCGUCCUGACCAAGAUCCAGCGCACCGCGUCGUAUCCGUUCCGCAUCGGCUGCGGCCUCGUCGUCAACGUCGCCACUUUCGCGCUGCUCACAGCCUCGACGGCCCUGGUCCUCGGCGCCUCGCCGCGCGCCUACUUUGCAUUUGUGCUCGCCAUGGUCGCCGCCACGUCCGUCGCCACCGGCCUGCUGCAGAACGGCGCCCUCGCCUUCGCCGCCAGCUUCGGCCGUCCCGAGUACAUGCAGGCGCUCGUCACGGGCCAGAGCGUCGCGGGCAUCCUGCCGGCGCUGUCCGAGGUGCUCAGCGUGCUGCUGUUUCCGUCGCACACGGAGCGGAGCGGUGCCGCUGCCGCCGCCGCCGCGGAGGGCAAGACGUCGGCCUUUGUCUACUUUCUCGCCGCCGUCGUCAUAUCCGUCGUGGCCAUUGCCGCCCUGGUCCCUCUGGUGCGGCACCACAACCGCAACGUGGAGUACCGCAUUGUGCACCAAGACGAAAUCACCGUCAGCAAUGCCGACAAUGAUGUCCAGCCCGGCGCCCGCAAGGUCGUCCCCAUGCGCGUGCUCUUCAGUAAGCUGCGCUGGCUGGCCCUCGGCAUCAUCCUCGUCUUCACCACCACCAUCAUGUUCUUCCCCGUCUUCACCGCCAAGAUCCGCUCCGUGCAGGAGCCCGCCGAGCGCUGGCAGGGCGGCCUCUUUGCCCCCGACGCCUUCAUCCCGCUCGCCUUUUUCUUCUGGAACCUCGGCGACUUUACCGGUCGUCUCUCCACCGCCCUGUCCGGCGCCCGUGGCGGCGGUGGCCUCGGCGCCAACUCGGCCCACGGCGGCCGCCCCAAGCUGCUCUUCAAAUUCGCGGCGCUGCGCAUCGUCCAGCUCCCGCUGUACCUGCUCUGCAACAUUGGCAACCGCGGCGCCGCGGUCCCGUCGGACCUAUUCUACCUGUUUGUCGUGCAGGUGCCCUUUGGCUUCACCAACGGCUGGCUGUGCUCGCGGCUGAUGACGUCGGCGGGCAGCUGGGUCGAUCCGGGCGAGCGCGAGGCGGCGGGCGGCUUCAUGGGUCUGUGUCUGAUUAUUGGUCUCGCGGCCGGUAGCUUGCUGAGCUUUUCUGUCGCAGGCAUCUAA